GCGGGGAAGAUGUCUGAGAGGAGGCGGGGAGCUGGCGGGAGAAGCGAGGCGCCCGAAGCGGCGGCGGGAACGGAGAUGCCGGCGAAGAAGCAGAAGCUCAGCAGCGACGAGAACAGCAACCCUGGCGACCUGUCGGGAGACGAGAAUGACGAUGCUGUUAGUAUAGAGAGUGGUACUAAUACUGAACGCCCUGACACCCCUACAAACACCCCAAAUGCUCCAGGAAGGAAAAGUUGGGGGAAAGGAAAAUGGAAGUCAAAGAAAUGCAAAUAUUCAUUUAAAUGUGUGAACAGCCUCAAGGAAGAUCACAGUCAACCAUUAUUUGGGGUGCAGUUCAAUUGGCACAGCAAGGAAGGUGAUCCCCUGGUGUUUGCCACUGUUGGCAGCAACCGAGUAACUUUGUAUGAAUGCCAUUCCCAAGGAGAAAUACGGCUAUUGCAAUCCUAUGUGGAUGCUGAUGCAGAUGAAAACUUUUACACUUGUGCGUGGACUUACGACAGCAAUACAAGCCACCCUCUUCUGGCAGUGGCUGGCUCACGAGGCAUUAUUCGAAUAAUUAACCCCAUUACGAUGCAGUGCAUAAAGCAUUAUGUGGGCCAUGGAAAUGCAAUAAAUGAAUUGAAAUUUCAUCCGAGGGAUCCAAAUCUUCUUUUGUCUGUUAGCAAAGAUCAUGCACUCAGAUUGUGGAACAUUCAGACAGAUACUUUGGUUUCAAUAUUUGGAGGAGUCGAAGGACACAGAGAUGAAGUUUUAAGUGCAGAUUAUGACCUGCUUGGUGAGAAGAUAAUGUCUUGUGGCAUGGAUCACUCUCUUAAGCUCUGGCGAAUCAAUUCAAAGAGAAUGAUAAAUGCCAUCAAGGAAUCCUAUGAGUACAAUCCCAAUAAAACUAACAGGCCAUUUGUUUCUCAAAAGAUUCAUUUUCCUGACUUCUCUACAAGAGACAUACAUAGGAAUUAUGUUGAUUGUGUGCGAUGGCUGGGUGAUCUGAUCCUUUCCAAGUCCUGUGAAAAUGCCAUUGUGUGCUGGAAACCUGGCAAAAUGGAAGACAAUAUAGAUAAAAUUAAGCCCAGCGAGUCUAAUGUGACUAUUUUAGGGCGAUUUGAUUAUAGCCAAUGUGAUAUUUGGUAUAUGAGGUUUUCUAUGGAUUUCUGGCAAAAGAUGCUGGCAUUGGGCAAUCAAGUUGGCAAACUGUAUGUGUGGGACUUAGAAGUAGAAGACCCACAUAAGGCCAAAUGCACAACUCUUACUCAUCCAAAGUGUGCUGCUGCUAUUCGACAAACCAGCUUUAGCAGAGACAGUAGUAUCCUUAUAGCUGUGUGCGAUGAUGCCAGUAUCUGGCGCUGGGACAGACUUCGAUAAAUUGCGGCUUUCUGAGAAUUAUACUGCUUUUUUUGCCAUAGCAAUUUCUAACCUGCUGAUACUGUAAAUGCUUUCAGAGUAAUCUUUCCUUGCUUCUGUCAACAGCUGAACUUAGUGAUGUUUGCAUUUGGUUUGGUGGUAUUGUCCUUUUAAAAAACUACUGCUUUUUAAUAAAAACAUUUUUGUACAUGUUUAAAAA